AUGAAAGACGCCAUAUUAAAUAGUUUAAAAACUGAUGAGGCAUUACGUAAAUCAAUUUAUAAUAUGAUAAUAUCACAUCAUAAUGAUGAUCAGAAUGGUAAUGAUGUUCGACAAAAACAAAACUUUAAUGAUGGAAGUAAUCUUGCUAUAGUUGCUGAUAAAGGGGCUAAUCUAUUAUUAAAACCCGUACUAAAGCAUUUUGAAGAACGCUUAUCGGUAUUAGAAGCAAAAAUCGAUGAUUUAGAACGUUUUGUAUACGUUUACUAG